AUGUCGAGUGUAAGACAGCGAGUAGCACCAGACCCCACCACCCCACCAGACCCCAACCCACCAGACCCCAGCCCUGCCUCCCCUCCCACCACCUCCAUACCUGGAGCUAUGUGUUUAGGGGUACUGCCUAACCUCUACCUCCUCUGGACUCUACUCCACCUCCCUGCUACUACUAUCACAACGUGUGCUACUAUCUUCAUCGGUAUCAAUACCUUCAGGUGCGUGUUCCCAAACCGGUAUAACAACAACAUAGUGCUCCGAGAUACGGUACUCUCUUCCAUAUUCAUUACCAGACUACUAGCUACUUUCUCUGAGGUCUCCUGGCUCAUCAUGCUCAGUGAGGUAGCUAAGGAUCUCGACACGCUCACAGUUCAAUCCCCCACAAUCUCCCUGCUAGCAGAUACUCUUCCCCCUAUCUGUAUCCUAGCUCAAUGUUUCGUGUGGAGCUCUAUUAUACUUCACACUGACUCCCUCAUGUUCUGGGAGGAGUUCUUUUGGUUCCUUCUGUUCAUUAUCAACACUGGUAUAAACCUAGUAUUCCUCCACCACGGCCACCACUCAAUCCUAAUCACCCUCUCCCUCCUGCACGGAGCCCUAUACCUACCCUGGCAAAUACUCAACCUAAAGUUCAUCCUCUCCCUGGACGACCCACCUUUCUGUUUCAGUGACGUCACAGUUACCCGGGUUGUUCAGGGGUUGAAGAGGGCAGUGUGGUAUAGGAAACAAAGUGUGGUUAGGGAGGACUGGGGAGGCUGGAUUGGGGAGAGCUGGAUGUUUUGUUAUUGGGUGGUUAUGCCUGUUUGGCUGGCUACAAUCGUGUGGGAGUAUGAGAAGAUGGGCGCUUUAUAGACUGUUCAUGUUUGGGUGGUUUUGUUAUGAGGAGAUUGUCUUUUGUUUUAUACUUGUCAAUACAAGUGCUGGAAUC